UAUGAAGACUCUUCUUGUGCUAGCCGUUUUGGUUUUCGUAGCCACCGCCGUCGUGCUUCCACACCAAAGAAAUUCCCUGGGAUGUCAAAUGUGCGAGCUUGCCGUCAAGAAGUACGACGGCUCCGUUGACAAGGAUGUAAAUGGUAUCAAGAAGGACUUUGACACCGAGUGCAAGAAACUGUUCCACUCUAUUCCAUUUGCCCCACAAGAAUGUGAACACUAUGUAAACACCAAGCUUGACCCCAUUAUCAAGGAGCUCGAAAGCGGAACUGCUCCAAAGGAUGUGUGCACAAAGCUCCACGAAUGCCCAUAAACAUUGACGUGUUAUAAUUGAACCGGAGAACUUAUUUUUAAACAAUUUAAUAAAUCAGUUUUAGAGAGGUUUUUGGCUGAUAGCGCCAGCCAACAGCCGACUGAC